AUGAAGUUUCUCUUGUUCUGCCAGAGGUCCAGAUUCAGCUCCUCUCUGCCCAGUUUUAAUAUUUUCUUCAUAACUUUUUAUGUUCACAAAUUGGAAUCAGCGCCGAGGUUCACACUGAUUGGACCCAGUGACCCUGUCAUUGCCAUCAUGGGUCAGGAAACAGUGUUAUCUUGUCACCUGUCCCCCAGGAUGAGUGCUUUAAACAUGGAGGUGAGAUGGUUCCAGUCUGAGUUUUCUUUCUUUGUGCACUGGUACCAUGAUGGGAAGGAUCAGUAUGAAAUGCAGAUGCCAGAGUAUCAGGGAAGGACGGAGCUUUUGAAAGCUGGACUCACAGAUGGAAACGUUGCCUUGAGGAUUCUCAAUAUCAGCACUGAUGAAGGACUAUACCACUGCUUUGUUCAAGAUGAUACAUUUGAUGAAGUCACUGUAUUGGACCUGCAGGUAGCAGGUCUAGGCUCUGCUCCUCUCAUCUCUGUUGAGGGUCACCGGAAUGGAGGGAUCCGGGUGGUUUGUCAAUCAACUGAUUGGUACCCUGAGCUUGAAGUACCGUGGAGAGAUCUCAGUGGGAGACAUUUACUGUCACUUUCUGAAACAACAUCCCAAGGAGAAGAAUACGUGUGAAUUUAUUGAUGGAGUGGAAC